GACUCCUGCUGGCUUGCCGUAGUCUAUUUCCAUGGUGACAACAGUAAACAAGAGCGCCGUUAUCUGUUUAAAUUAAAAGUUUCUCUGUUUCUCUGUUUCUGGCCCGAAGGCUCAAAUGUCCGUUCAGGCGGAUCCUCCGGAGCAGGAGGAGACUGAUCUGCUCUUCAUCGUGUUUGAAGGAUCCUCCCCGGAGGAUGUGUCCCACGCCAGGCAGCUGUGGAGCUCCCUGUCCCUGCUGCCGCCGCUGGAGUCGCGGCUGGUGUCGGCGGAUAUCCGCCAGAGGCUGCCGGUGUCUCGGCCGCAGCGCAGCGGCAGCACCGCCGCCGGUCCCGCUCCGGAGCCGCAAAGAGUCCCCGAUCCCCGGCAGAGGCAGGAGGAGAGGCAGCGGUACGCGGCCAUGGGGGACCAGAGGAAGGAGAUCCUGGCUCUGCUGAGGAGGCAGAGGGAGCGGAGGAUCCAGAAGGAGCUGCUCUCUGUGGCCUUCAAGCCCAAAGGGAAAGUCGGCAGAGAAAACAUAGGAAAAGAAAAGCCUGAGGAGAACUCUGAGGAGGACAGGGAGCUGGUCAGGCAGCUUCAGUAGGAGGGAACUGGGAGUGUAGAGAGGAGCAGGUGUUCCUCAGGGAUCCAUUCUGGGACCUCGUUAAUUCACUGGGCUGAUAACAUUUUAAAGUAUAUCUGGCCAUUAAAAUGUUUCUUUUUUGUUUAACUAAAAAAAUGAACCACAUUACAUUUAUAUGCAAAGACGAUGCUUUAUAGGCCACAAUAUUUUUGAGUAGUCACCAGCAGCCCAUCUAAGUUUAGGGGGUGAGUGUUCGAUUAACAUCCACUGCUGUUUGAAGA